CAUAACAAUUUCUUCCAAAAAGCCUUGUUAUAAACCUCAUUUCUUCCAUCUCAUUUUCCCAUAACACCAAAAAAAUGGCAAACCAAAUUAGUAAUAUUUCCCCCAAAAUCUUGAUCAUAACCCUAAUUUCCAUUGGUUUCAACAACUAUUUCCUGCCAACUGAUGCCGAAGAAACAGGCAAGGCCCUAAUUGAAUCAACCUGCAAAAAAACACAGUACCCUGAAGAAUGUAUCUCAGCUUUGGAAUCAGAUCCUGGCAGCUUCACCGCCAACUUAACCGGGUUAACACGGAUUGCAGUGAAGAAAUCUGCUUCUAAACUUGUUGAAACCUUACACAUUGUGGAAACGUUGGUGCUGAAUGCGACAGAUUAUCUAACAUGGGGGUUCCUUGUCAACUGUCGUGAUACUUACAACAUCAGCGUUCCUCAAAUCCAGAGAGGUCUACAGGCUUUUGAUGGGCUCAAGUUUGAUAAAUCGUAUGAAAGUGUUGAGGCUGUUAAUAAUGCAGUCAUUGGGUGUGAUCGUCAGGGAUGGACAUUGCCAAUCUUAACCCAAGUUAAUAGAGCUUUGUUUAGGCUCACCAAGGAUACCAUGAUGAUCUUGCAUCUUCUUUUCUAAUCUAAACAAUGUUUUAUGUUAUUGCAUAUAUUAUUGACAAAUAAAAUGUUCUCAAACAAUCCAUGAAAUUAUCCAUUUGCUGGGCUGCCCUAUUACUAUUCUGUUCUCCAAAACUUAUACUCAGA